UGGAGUUCACAAACUAUGGUGUGUAUCUGAAAAUUGAUCAAUCCUGAAGUACUGACGGCCAAUCUAAUUUCUUGAGGUCCAAGAAUGUCAGAACAGUACAGAUAUCCCCCAAAUGACCACUUUUUGCAAAGUAGACAGUCUGACGUACUUCAUAAGAGGCAUGGCGAGUUUUUUGUAAGUUGUAUUUUUUUUCCCAUAAUUUUUUGGAAAAUGAAAAAUAAUUUUUUUACAUACUGUCAC